AUGUUGCCCGCGAACGCGCUAAAGAAGAGCUAUGGAUUCGAUAGCAGGAAAAGGGGCGUUGUUGAUAGAUCAAUACUAUAGCUAAUCGGUAAUACAUGUGAUCGUUCGAACCUGCACGGUUCUACGCUGGAGUAUCAGCUCGAGAGCUUUGGGAGAGAGAGAGACGUUUCGUGCAUUUUCCAGUAGGACAUUUGACCUAUACCCUUUGACCUACUGUGGAGUGCCUGGCGCAAUACGGAAUUACUUUGGGUUUACGGUAUCCGUCGACAAUCCACUUUCAAAAGAUUACUUCCGCUACUGUUUCUGCACUUUUGUCAGCUAGUCGUAAUUCCACUCGCGAGGAAAGUCAGGCCUCCAAAUCCCAUUAUUUGGAAAUAAAGAUUCCCUACAGAAUUUGUCUUGAAUGGUGAUAUCCUCUCCAUAAACUCUCAAAGACUGCACGAAUAUCACACCGGGACGCUGCCAUGCAGGAGCACCAGCGGGUAAAACUUCAUUGUCUUUGGUUGUGUUCAAGCGCUAUUGGAAGAAUUUUGUAAAGACUGUGUGGUAGCACCAGCUCAGUUCCGCCAGAAUCAAGGUAGAGAACAUUGGCGAACGUAUCGCACGACAGAACCUUAA